AUGCAGCUACGCCGCGCAGCAGAUCCCGGUUAUCGAGAGAGGGAAAGAGAACUAAACAGCGAAGCGAUGCACUUGCGCCGUGAAAAUAACCCCGCUUACACAGAAAGAGAAAGAGAAUUGAACACAGCAGCAACGCAGAUACGCCGACAAACCGACACGGACUAUCGAGAGAGAGAGAGAGAGAUGAACACUGCGGCAAUACGGUUUCUUCGAGAUGCCAGUCCACUUUAUCGGGGGCGAGAACGAGGAACAAACAGUACAGCGAUGCAAGUGUGGCGACAGACUGAUGUGGAAUAUAGAACACAGGAACGUAGAGCAAAUUCGGAGGCAAUGAGAAAUCGCAGGCUCACCGAUCCCGCAUACAGGGGAAGGGAAAGAGAAACAAAUAAUACGGCAAUGCGAAACCGGAGGUCCACUCAAGAGACAGUGAGGGAACGAGAACAAAAUGCUCUAAGGAUGCAACGCCGAAGAGAGGUAAUGGAACUGCGAGUUCAGGAACAGACGAGAAGGCAGGAAUCCCGCCAGCAACGCUCAGUUUACAGUACUGCUGUGUUCAGUUAUGAAAAUGUUAUAAAGGAAGGCCCUACUCAGGGCCGGCCCAUGUCCUAUUCGGACAUUUGCAAAUCGUUUGCCAUGCGUUACGACCGACGUGUAGCACGACGACCGGACUACUUGCUUUUCAUGGCAAAGAAAAUUGAACUGCUGAAGCUAUCCAGCAAUAUGUCGGUAUGUCUCCGCAAAAAAAGAAUUUGCAAUCGCACGGAUAUCAAUGCAGCAAAUCUGACCAACAACGAUUUCAUUCACGGACUUGUGCAACACGAUGACGCCUACCAAAAAAGCAAGGGAAAGAAUUACACAUUCCCGUUGAACACUCCGAUUGCUGAGGACAGCAAAGAGAACCUCUCAGAACCACCGCUGCAGACAUUAUGA